AUGAUGCAUGCAAAUCGAGAACAAGCGAGUGCCACGGAUCAGCCCCCAGAAGACGACAUGGCUGAUGGAGAUCUGGGGGACGGCACCCGGUCUGUAAGUGGGAGCCGUCGGUCGCGGGACAGGAGCAAAGGGGAUCUGCCUCCAAACAUGAAACCCUCUAAACGUGGCAGUGAGGGAAGUGAUGGAUCUUUCUCCUGGACAUCAUGCAGUGCCAUGUACACCGCUUUCAGAAAAGAGCUGGAUGCAGAGCGGAUCUCUCAGUGGAGGAUCAGAGACUCAGAGAUCAGCGCCGGUGAGUCCAGUGAGACGUUACAGAGAAGACUGCAGGAAGUUACAGAGGAAGUGGAGCUGUUGAGGACAGAACUGGAAGUGACACAUCGACAUCUUGAAGGCAAACAUGAAGCUCUGAGAAUCCUUCAAGGCCAAGCCAUAUUAGAUAAAGCAACAAGUCACACCAAGAUCUUGCUGCAGAAGAGUGAAGAGCGGACCAAAGCUUUGGAGAAGGAAGUGAACGCUUUGCAGUGGGAGAUCACCUUCAACCAGGUGAAGUUUAAGAACGUAGCGCAGGAGUGGGAGCUGAAAUAUAACAGGGUGUGUGCAGAGAACCAGGCCUUGAGCAAAGCUCUUGAUGAGAAACUAGAACAGUUCCAGGAUCUGCACAGAGAGAACAUGUCAUUGAGUCAGCAGUGUCUGGAGCUCCUGGGCUUACUGGGCACUCAUGAGAGGAGAGACUUCCAGAAGACCCAACCACCAUGCAGCCAAAGCAGAGAGGGAUCUGCACUGGAGCUGGCUGUGUUUGGGGCGUGUAAGUGCAGCUCCGGCGCAGGAGAGCCGUGUUCCUGUGCAAAGAGCGCAGCUGCAAGCCGCAAACAAGUCCUUCAGCUAAAACAAGAGCUGGAGCUGCAGAGGAGAAGGAAGGAUGAAGCGUAUGUGAUGGUGGACGCGUUCCGGAUCGCAUUCGAGCAGCAGCUCAGGAGAGGAAGUGAGAAAGUGCUGCAGCUGGCAGAAAGUGACACACACUCACCAGAGAGAGGGAAACAAGGCUCAGUUGGCGUGACUCAGGUGCUGAAGAAAUUUCUGCCAUCUCUCAAAGAGGGAAAAGUCCUGAGCAACCCGAAAGAAACCCUGCAGCUGCUACUCGAUCUGCUGAGUGAUAAAGAGGAGGCCUUGGCCCAUCAGAGGAAGGUCAGCUACAUGUUAGCGCAGAGAUACGAGGACCUGGAGAAAUGUCUUCAGGCACAGCUCAAGGACCUGGACAUGUCACACAACGGGGCUGAAUUGAAAUCGGACAGAUCUAAAUGCACAGUGGACUCUAAAGCUGAUCAUCUGUCACGUUCAUGUGAAAAUAUACCAGUGGUCAUGGACGAGUGUGAAGAGGAGACGAGUGUCAGGUUCACAAAAUGAGGGCGAGGGGUAAAUAGGAGGAAUAAAAGAGAUCUCAAGACCUUUGUUUACAAAAUUUGUUCAAAUAUCGUAAGGUUUGGAGGUUUUCUCCAAGGAUUAAGUAUAUUUUCUGUGAAAAAUGACACAGGAUCAGCAUUUGUUUAUUUGUCGUCAAAGUGUAAUAAACUACUUUCUGAUUGUUUUUUGCCAUGUUAA